AUGAAGCUAUCCACCUCCAGCCCCCCUCGUUCCCCUUGUGCUCUCAGCCCCUCCACUGCCCCAGUGUACUGUACCCUGCCCUGCUCGGAGUGAAAAAGUUGAGUGGGGGGAAAAGAAAUGGCUGUAUUUUCUGGACCCCCCCCCCCAACAUGGUGGUGCUGGCCUAGGGCCCUGGUCAACCCCUCUUCCCACCUGAGAGCAGCAGUUGUGUGUAUAUAUGGUAUCUAAUCUCAGAGACACAGAAUGGUUCUCAUGCUCCUUAAUCUUGUGCUGCCCUGAACCCUUUUCCUUGUGCAAUGCAUUGGUAGAGCAUCAGUGGCCUCUUACUAACAAUUCUGGGAUGGAUGGAUGGAUGGAUGGAUGGAUGGUGGGAGAUGGAGAGGGAUGGAUGGAUGGAUGGUGGGAGAUAGAGAGGGAUGGAUGGAUGAAUGGUGGGAGAUGGAGAGGGAUGGAUGGAUGUAGUUUAUCACCUUGCCCCAGAACAGUCAGUUGAGAACUACCUGUUUGUGGAUUGGACUGUUCUGAUUGGACUAGACUGUUCCCUAAAUGUUCAAUGUAUCCUGCAGUCUAGAGCUUCCAUUCCUACUGGAAUCUUAAAAGUUUCGUUUGUAAACAUUGAUUUUUUUGUUAUGAAGUUUCCCCAUGUCCGUGUGUUCUUUGAAUCGAACGGCCACCAGAAAUACAGAAGUUGCCUUCUGUAACAGACGGUUACGUGCAGGUGGCAAAAAGCAAUCUGAAACCAAGCAGUACCACCCCAAAGCCAAAUGAGAUGAGACACAGGGCUAACUUCUGUAGGUCACUGGGUAUUAAAGGGACAAUCUGGUAUUGGUAAAUCAUUUGACUUAAAUAAUGAUAUAUUUACCCAUUUGUUUUUGGAAUAAUAUAUUUUAUAAAAUGCCUCAUGCGCUUGCUUUAACCCCCAUCAGAACACAAAAUAUGUUUUACUCAAUUCUUUGUAAACAAUGUAAUUGUAGACGAAUACUGAGUAGCGUCAAAACAUGGUUAAAACUAUAAUUUUCUCAUGGAUGGUCAGUCCUUGCAUCCGUAGCUCUGUCUAUGAAUUUGAGUGGUUACAUUUCUCCAGCUCCAUCCAUCAGCUGUUUACCAAAAGUUGCGGGGUGAUGCUUUGUUUGUACUGCAGAUUGCCCCUUUAUGGACUGCUGUCUGAGCUGCUCAAACUGACCCGAGAGCUGUGUUACAGAGAGAUGGUGGGUCUAUUCUUUUUAAUGGUUCAGUUUUAUCAAAAGUAAAUUAACAGCGGGUGAGUUUCCUUAAGGUUUGGUAGCACUAAGAUCACGUCCAAUGGCGGCAACCUGUGAAAGAUGAUCUCAGUGCUACAGACCGUACAAAGCUUUUGGGUAACUCGCCCUCAUUGGCGGACGUAACAUAUCAUAUGAAAUGGAUGAUGUAGUACCCAAUUGGAUGAGCACUACUUUCAAAACUACUGGCUGAAAUUAUACAAAAGUUCCGGAGCGUCACUCUGAAUCAGGGGUGUCAAACUAAUCUUUCCCCCCCCCCGAUCCGCAGUCGGUGUUCAACGAGGUCCAGAGGUAUAUUUAUAUAUCCUGAAAGUAUAUUUCCUCGCUGUCAAAAUUUGCAAUAAGAUAGUCCUCUAACCCUCGUACUCCCCGACUUUCUAGCUUUAAUUUCAGUAAUGAAUAGCGAGCUGGACACAGUCAAGGGACUGUAUAAAUGUAGCUCCAUUAUUAUUUCUACACAGUUACCAUUUGGUUUUAGUCAUUUUUAAGUAUAUCGAGUUCGCCCCCCCUUAAAAAAAUUAUAAUAACCCAACACUACUUUUACUCAAACCUCCCCCGGGCCGUAUGUAAUAAUAAUAUGCCAUUUAGCAGACGCUUUUAUCCAAAGCGACUUAGUCAUACGUGCAUACAUUUUUUGUGUGUAUGGGUGGUCCCGGGGAUCGAACCCACUACCUUGGCGUUACAAGCGCCGUGCUCUACCAGCUGAGCUACAGAGGACCACCUCUGCUUAAAGAGGGGAGGUGAAUAUCUGCAGAUACUCGGCCCUCCGUGGAUUGAGUUUGACACCCCUGUGUUAGAUUAACUGGCAGACAGUGGAUUCAGAAAGUAUUCAGACUCCUUGACUCUUUCCACAUUUUACUUUAGCCCUAUUCUAAAAUGGAUUAUCCCCCCCCCCCCCCCCCCCCCCCCACCAACCAAUCAAUCUACACACAAUACCCCAUAAUGACAAAGCAAAAAAUUAAGUUUUUGCAAAUGUAUUAAAAAUAACCUGAAAUAUUGUGUUUACAUAAGUAUUCAGAACCUUUACUCAGUACUUUGUUGAAGCACCUUUGGCAGUGAUUACAGCCUCAAGUCUUCUUGGGUAUGACGCUACGAGCUUGGCACACCUGUAUUUGGGGAGUUUCUCCCAUUCUUCUCUGCAGAUCCUCAAGCUCUGUCAGGUUGGAUGGGGAGCAUCGCUGCACAGCUAUUUUCAGGUCUCUCCAGAGAUGUUCGAUCGGGCUCAAGUCUGGGCUCUGGCUGGGCCACUCAGAGACUUGUCCCGAAGUUUGCUCCCAUCACAGCCAUUAGACUAACUGUUGUUAAAGUGACCAUUUGCCUCAUGGUGAAAUCCCUGAGUGGUUUCCUUCCUCUCCGACAACUGAGUUAGGAAGGACACCUGUAUCUUUAUAGGGACUGGGUGUAUUGAUACACCAUCCAAAGUGUAAUUAAGAACUUCACAAUGCUCAAAGGGAUAUUCAAUGUUUGCUUUUUAUUUUACCAAAUCUACCAAUAGCUGCCCUUUGCGAGGCAUUGGAUAACCUCCCUGGCCUUUGUGGUUUAAUCUGUGUUUGAAAUUCACUGUUUGACCGUGGGACCUUACAGAUCAAUUGUAUGUGUGAGGUACAGAGAUGGGGUAGUCAUUAAAAAAAAAUCAUGUUCAACACUAUUAUUGCAAGUCCAUGCAACUUAAGCAAAUAUUUACUCCUGAACUUAUUUAGGCUUGCCAUAACAAAGGGAACACUUGACUCAAGACAUUUCAGCUUUUCAUUUUUAAUUAAUUUGUACACAUUUUCGAAAAACACAAUUCCACUUUGACAUGAUGGGGUAUUGUGUGUAGGCCAGUGACAAAACAUCUCAAUUUAAUCCAUUUUAAAUUCAGGCUGUACCAACGUGGGAAAAGUCAAGGGGUGUGAAUACUUUCUGGUGGCACUGCAUGUGCUUUUAAAAGAUAGUUUGAUCCUUCACACACUUGAGUCUAGCUGAGCAGAGCUAAGCAUUCUUGUUGGAACCGUGCUGGAAAGGACAAUGCCAAAGGAAAAUAUCUGAGCCAGUUUGGUUUGGCACGAUAGGGUGGACAUACGAUAGUGUGAAAAGGGUAUUUAUCUGACGGGUAUUAUAUUUAAUUCUGCUGGUGCUUGAGAGGAUCUAGUCUUGCCCUAACCCUGCACUGGGUUCACUGUCCUUGAAGAAAGAAAUAGAUUUUUUUUUAAAGACAAGUGUAUUUAUAUUAUUUAUUUUGUAUGUUCUUAGUGUAAAAUUAUGAGGAUGAUACUGUUUUGGAAAUUAUGCUUUUAUUGUGAAAUCAAUCAAUGUCUCUUAUUGUUCUUAUGCUUCUGUUGUGUGUUUAUCCCCUGAUGAAGAACCGUCUUCAUGUCAAGAGAUGACUAGAUACUGUAUUGUGUAAUAGCAAUGCAGUCCUCUAUUGCAGGUGAACUGUCCUGUUAUAAAGGCUACUCCUGUAGUAGCGCCUCCCAACCUGAAGUGGUGCUGUGGUACAGGUCCUGUAUGCUAGAAAUGUUAAACAUUUUACUACUUUGUGUGACCGACUGGGGUUUCGAACCCAGGUCCACUACACGCCAUAAGCACCAACUUACAGCCUAGGCGUUAGCUCAGGGAUCUAACAAAGUCGUCAAGGCCAAAUAGGUAUCCUGUACAAAAUGUAAAUGAUGUUAUUCUAAUGGUUGUCUGAUCACACAAACUAAUAAUAAAUAAGUCAAACAAAUGAAAGUAACCUCUACUCCCUCUCCUUGUCCUCCAUUGAGCACUGUGCAAGAGGGUCAGAGGCAGACUGGCAAUAGGGCAAUUCAGGCCAAUGCCAGAUGGGCUAGUCCAUCUUUAGCCCAGAGGGUCUGGCUAAAUUGGGGUUAUUGCAUAGAAUAAUCAUUAUUUGGCUACUAAUGAGGGCCUAAAGCAACAACAAAAAAAUAACCGGUGUGGAGCUUCAAGGAAAAUAAUGGGCCAGUGUGUUGGAAAUGCCAGGGUCGAUUUCUGGUCCCACUCCGCCCCUGAAGGGGGGUGUUUGUUCUGUGUCAGGGUCCAGGUUCAGACUUAUAUCUACAGUUCCUUCCAUGUCUGCUGUCCCCAGUAAAUAUAAUCAACUACAUUAAAUUAAAACUGUCAAUAUAGCUCUCUGAAAUGACAAGUCCAAGAUUGAAUGCUGUUUUAUCAAUCUUUAUCCGAUAGUCUUCUGAAUUACUGUAUUGCCCAUUAAAUAAUCGAGUGCCUUUUUUUGGACAGUAUACUUUGUUCUGUAAUUAAAAUGUAUAUUUAAGUUUUUCUACCGUUUCUUUUAUUUUAUUUUGUAUGAUAUAUAUACACACACAAGAUAAUAAAAUUAUAUAAACAUUUUUUAUACCAAAUGCUAAGAACCGAAAAACUAUAGAUAAAGUUAAUGAUACCAUCAAACUCCUUGCCACGUCAUGUAGUAGACUAGGUCUACGCUACAAUGUAAGUCAAAGCUACAGAUGUCCAUACGCUCUGAGUUAAAACAUUUGAGAACUAUAAUUGAAUGCACCAAUUUGUAAGUCGCUCUGGAUAAGAACGUCUGCUAAAUGACGUAAAUGUAAUAAUUCAGUUACAGGAUUAAUUCCCUCUGCUCUCCAGUGGCACUUUACAAAAUCCUAGGAUAGGCUCAAAGUAAUGGCUGGAACAAAAUGAAUGGAAUGGUAGCCAACACACAUUGUUUCUCCAUUCCGGCCAUUAUUAUGAGUCCUCGUCCUCUCACCAGCCUCCUCUGCACUGUGUCUAGGCUAAGACUGAUUUUAUUGUCAGGGCAAGGCUUCUCCAGGGUGGUUUUGGCCUAGGUUAGGAGAAGGCAAAGUUCCAGGUGAUUCCCAGCAGAAAGCGCAGCCCCACCACCGUCACUAUGAGCUUGGUGCCUGUCCCCUGUUGCUGGGCCUGGUCCAUGCCCGGCUUGGUCUAGGGUCAGGGUCAGGGUCACAAGGUUAGUUAGUAGUAGGUAAGCCUCCAAGCUCGAACAAGCCAUGACUCGUGCAAGGCUACUUACUUCAUUACUGACUGACUAACUAAAUAAACCUUAGACAAGUAAGCCUUGUCCAAGCCAGAACGGCCCAUCACAAGGUUAAGACAAUUGUAUACAAUGCAGAAGUUUUCAAAAAAUGUACUAAUUAAUGGGACCAGCGACUUUGCUAAUUUAGCUAAAGACUCUACAGGAUGAGCAUUGAUAAUGUGACCAGCGUUCGGGAAAUCUAGUAAUAAAGUGGCUGUAGAUGUUUAGAAAAACCGUUUAAAUGAAGAGUGACACUGAAGCGGUUUGCUAUGUGUUUGCUGAGUAGUUAGCCGAAAUUCACUACCACUUUGUUUAUUAUCCACUUUGAUGGCGAACUUUCUUUGCUGCUACCGUUAAUUUCACAGUCAUGUUUGCUUGCAUCGCUGGUCCUUUUGUUUAGAGUUCUUCCGCAAUUAUGCAAAAGUGUUAUGGGAUGAUAAUGACUUUACCUUGGUAGGUAUAACAACCUUUGUUCUUGGUGCUCUUAAGGUGGUGAACGUGAAGAGGAAGACCAGCGCAUAGUAGCCAAAGUUCUCUAUGUAGAGCACGUCAAUAUCCGGGAAACGGGGAGAGGUUGAGAGCUUGUAGAUUAUCACAGGAUCAAUCUGAAGGAGGGAGACAAAAUAAACAUGUAUCAACCAAAAGCAAUGGCAUUCGCUUGUUCAGCGGGACCUCCGUCAGUGUAGAUGGUCUGUUCUUCAUAUUUACCCAGACCGAAGAGGACAUUGGGUGAGUAGAGGUUUUCGGGAGAAAAAAAAAAGUUAAAGUACUGUUACUUGUAAUUUACUCAAGUAAACGGUCCUGGGGACCCCAAGGGCUGCACGUUUUGGUUUUUGACCUAGCUACACAGCUGAUUUUGAAUAAUCAAAGCUUGAUGAGUUGACUAUUUGAAUCAGCUGUGUAGCGCUAGGGCCAAAACCAAAACGGGCACCCCUUGGGUUGCCUAGCUACCCAGGCUCCAUGCGCGGGGCGAACGCUAUGCCACGCCCACUGUAAUGAGUCUGGAUGUUAGUUCCUCCCAGACACUUCACCAAAACGUCAACACAUUCAGGCCGUCUGAUUGGUCUGGAAACCAAUGGGUUGGGCCAGAGCCAGAACAAAGGUGAGUAAAUCGGCGGUUUGAAGAUUUUACGUUUUUAGUCAUUUAGCAGACGCUCUUAUCCAGAGCGAUUUACAUGAGCAAUUAGGGUUAAGUGCCUUGCUCAAGGGCACAUCGACAGAUUUUUCACCUAGUCGGCUCGGGGAUUAGAACCAGCGACCUUUCGGUUACUGGCACAACGCUCUUAACCACUAAGCUACCUGCCGCCAAUGCGUCUUUGGCUUUGAUACUCUGAUUGGUUAGAGACAAUCCAAUCGCUGAUUACUUUGUUUUUUUACAACACCCAUCUUCACUACAAACUACUGAAAUAGAGGUGGUAGUGUCAGAGACGUGAGUAUCACCAAAAGGUUGCGAGUUCGAAUCUCACCACAUACAAUUUUAGCUAAUUAGCAACUUUUCAACUACUUACUACUUUUUUGCAACUACUUAGCUAACCCUAACCUUAACCCUUUUAGCUAACCCUUCCCCUAACUCCUAAACUUAACCCUAACACCUAGCCUAGCUAAAGUUAGCCACCUAGAUAGAAUUUGUAACAUAUCAUACUUUUUGCAAAUUCGUAACAUAUUGUAUGUUUAGCAAAUUUGUAACAUUCUACGUUUUGCAAAUUCAUAACAUAAAACACGUAUUGUAAUUUGUAACAUAUCAUACGAAAUGGGUGAUGGACAUCCACAAAUUAAUACAUACCAUACAUACAAAAUGUAACAUCAGAUUAUACACUGCUCAAAAAAAUAAAGGGAACACUUAAACAACACAAUGUAACUCCAAGUCAAUCACACUUCUGUGAAAUCAAACUGUCCACUUAGGAAGCAACACUGAUUUACAAUACAUUUCACAUGCUGUUGUGCAAAUGGAAUAGACAACAGGUGGAAAUUAUAGGCAAUUAUCAAGACACCCCAAAUAAAGGACUGGUUUUGCAGGUGGUGACCGCAGACCACUUCUCAGUUCCUAUGCUUCCUGGCUGAUGUUUUGGUCACUUUUGAAUGCUGGCGGUGCUUUCACUCUAGUGGUAGCAUGAGACGGAGUCUACAACCCACACAAGUGGCUCAGGUAGUGCAGCUCAUCCAGGAUGGCACAUCAAUGCGAGCUGUGGCAAGAAGGUUUGCUGUGUCUGUCAGCGUAGUGUCCAGAGCAUGGAGGCGCUACCAGGAGACAGGCCAGUACAUCAGGAGACGUGGAGGAGGCCGUAGGAGGGCAACAACCCAGCAGCAGGACUGCUACCUCCGCCUUUGUGCAAGGAGGAGCAGGAGGAGCACUGCCAGAGCCCUGCAAAAUGACCUCCAGCAGGCCAUAAAUGUGCAUGUGUCUGCUCAAAUGGUCAGAAACAGACUCCAUGAGGGUGGUAUGAGGGCCUGACGUCCACAGGUGGGGGUUGUGCUUACAGCCCAACACCGUGCAGGACGUUUGGCAUUUGCCAGAGAACACCAAGAUUGGCAAAUUCGCCACUGGCGCCCUGUGCUCUUCACAGAUGAAAGCAGGUUCACACUGAGCACAUGUGACAGACGUGACAGAGUCUGGAGACGCCGUGGAGAACGUUCUGCUGCCUGCAACAUCCUCCAGCAUGACUGGUUUGGCGGUGGGUCAGUCAUGGUGUGGGGUGGCAUUUCUUUGGGGGGCCGCACAGCCCUCCAUGUGCUCGCCAGAGGUAGCCUGACUGCCAUUAGAUGAGAUCCUCAGACCCCUUGUGAGACCAUAUGCUGGUGCGGUUGGCCCUGGGUUCCUCCUAAUGCAAGACAAUGCUAGACCUCAUGUGGCUGGAGUGUGUCAGCAGUUCCUGCAAGAGGAAGGCAUUGAUGCUAUGGACUGGCCCGCCCGUUCCCCAGACCUGAAUCCAAUUGAGCACAUCUGGGACAUCAUGUCUCGCUCCAUCCACCAACGCCACGUUGCACCACAGACUGUCCAGGAGUUGGCGGAUGCUUUAGUCCAGGUCUGGGAGGUGAUCCCUCAGGAGACCAUCCGCCACCUCAUCAGGAGCAUGCCCAGGCGUUGUAGGGAGGUCAUACAGGCACGUGGAGGCCACACACACUACUGAGCCUCAUUUUGACUUGUUUUAAGGACAUUACAUCAGUUGGAUCAGCCUGUAGUGUGGUUUUCCACUUUAAUUUUGAGGGUGACUCCAAGUCCAGACCUCCAUGGGUUGAUAAAUUUGAUUUCCAUUGAUUAAUUUUUGUGUGAUUUUGUUGUCAGCACAUUCAACUAUGUAAAGAAAAAAGUAUUUAAUAAGAUUAUUUCAUUCAUUCAGAUCUAGGAUGUGUUAUUUUAGUGUUCCCUUUAUUGUUUUGAGCAGUGUACUAAACAAAAAUAUAAACGCAACAUGUAAAGUGUUGGUCCCAUGUUUCAUGAGCUGAAAUAAAAGAUCCCUGAAAUGUUCCAUACGCACAAAAAGCUUAUUUCUCUCAAAUUUUGUGCACAAAUUUGUUUACAUCCCUGUUAGUGAGCAUUUCUCCUUUGCCAAGAUAAUCCAUCCACCUGACAGGUGUUGCAUAUCAAGAAGUUGAUUAAACAGCAUGAUUAUUACACAGGUGCACCUUGUGCUGGGGACAAUAAUAGGCCACUUUAAAAUGAGCAGUUUUGUCACACAACACAAUGUCACAGAUGUCUCAAGUUUUGCAUGCUGACUGCAGGAAUGUCCACCAGAGCUGUUACCAGAUAAUUUAAUGUUCAUAUCUCUACCAUAAGCUGCCUCCAAUGUCGUUUUAGUGAAUUUGGCAGUACGUCCAACUGUCCUCACAACUGCAGACCACGUGUAACCACGCCAGCCCAGGACCUCCACAUCCGGCUUCUUCACCUGUGGGAUCGUCUGAGACCAGCCACCCGGACAGCUGAUGAAACUGCGGAGUAUUUCUGUCUGUAAUAAAGCCCUUUUGUGGGGAAAAACUCAUUCUGAUUGGCUGGGCCUGGCUCCCAAUUGGGUGGGCCUUUGCCCUCCCAGGCCCACCCAUGGCUGCGCCCCUGCCCAAUCAUGUGAACUCCAUAGAUUAGGGCCUAAUGAAUUUAUUUCAAUUGACUGAUUUCCGUAUAUGAACUGUAACUCAGUAAAGUAGUUGAAAUUGUUUCAUGUUGCGUUGAUAUUUUUGUUCUGUAUAAAUGUACUGUUUCGGAUUUACUUACAUAAUAAUACGAAAUGCUCUGAGACCAGGUUGAAUGAGGAGGCAACAGGCCAAUAAGCCGUCCAUCCUCAACAGCUUCUUCCUGUAGGUGUUUAGGCCAACGUUGCUGUUCUGCAGAAUAAACGAGUUGUGCGUUUUCCACCUGGCCACCACAUUGUGCAGCGUUUUUUUUUUGCGCAUCAGGUGACCUAACCUGCACAUUUAAGAGUGGAAGCGUUUUCUGUUCACAUAGUUUAACUCGUUUUGGUUGCCUUAUACAUGCUAGUCAGCCAUAUACAUGUUAGUCAACCAUACUGUACAUGCUAGUCAACCAUACUGUACAUGCUAGUCAACCAUAUACAUGCUAGUCAACUAUAUACAUGCUAGUCAGCCGUAUACAUGCUAGUCAGCCAUAUACAUGCUAGUCAACCAUAUACAUGCUAGUCAGCCGUAUACAUGCUAGUCAGCCGUAUACAUGCUAGUCAGCCGUAUACAUGCUAGUCAGCCGUAUACAUGCUAGUCAACCAUAUACAUGCUAGUCAGCCGUAUACAUGCUAGUCAGCCAUAUACAUGCUAGUCAGCCGUAUACAUGCUAGUCAGCCGUUCUAGUCAGUGGGAUGUUCUUUUGUCUAUCUUCUAUUUAUGCAUUUUAGUUAGACUUUUUUGUCUGUGCUGUUUAACCUGAAUACAGAGCUGGUAUAACUUAGUGGUCUUUGCUGUUUAACCUGAAUACAGAGCUGGUAUAACUUAGUGGUCUUUGCUGUUUAACCUGAAUACAGAGCUGGUAUAACUUAGUGGUCUUUGCUGUUUAAACUGAAUACAGAGCUGGUAUAACUUAGUGGUCUUUGCUGUUUAACCUGAAUACAGAGCUGGUAUAACUUAGUGGUCUUUGCUGUUUAACCUGAAUACAGAGCUGGUAUAACUUAGUGGUCUUUGCUGUUUAACCUGAAUACAGAGCUGGUAUAACUUAGUGGUCUUUGCUGUUUAACCUGAAUACAGAGCUGGUAUAACUUAGUGGUCUUUGCUGUUUAAACUGAAUACAGAGCUGGUAUAACUUAGUGGUCUUUGCUGUUUAACCUGAAUACAGAGCUGGUAUAACUUAGUGGUCUUUGCUGUUUAACCUGAAUACAGAGCUGGUAUAACUUAGUGGUCUUUGCUGUUUAAACUGAAUACAGAGCUGGUAUAACUUAGUGGUCUUUGCUGUUUAACCUGAAUACAGAGCUGGUAUAACUUAGUGGUCUUUGCUGUUUAAACUGAAUACAGAGCUGGUAUAACUUAGUGGUCUUUGCUGUUUAACCUGAAUACAGAGCUGGUAUGACUUAGUGGUCUUUGCUGUUUGACUUUAAUAAAGAGCUGGUAAGGUGGAGCAGAUGAAUACGGACAGGAGACUGCAGACCCUGCUGUGCUGUCAAAAGAGUCUGAUGAACAAAGAACUCUCCACAGUAAGGACGCACGUGCAUGCACACACACACAACUGAUUGAUUGUGUUUCAAAUUAAAUGUUCCCCUUCAUCUGAAAUUAAGGCCUAUAAAUGUUCCCUAAUGCAAAUGGAGGGUUCUAAACAGCUCUGAUCUCCUCUCCUCUCCUCUCCUCUCCUCUCCUCUCUUCUGCUCCUCCCCUCUCCUUGCUUCUCCUCUCCUCCUCUCUCCUCUGCUCUCUUCUCUCCUCCUCUCCUCUCUCAGUUGGAGUGAACACCUUUGACUACCUGGGUGAUAUCCUCAGCUACAUUGUUGUCUCCAUCCCCAUCUUCACUGCUUGUGACCUCAUUCCAGGGGUGCUCAGUCUCCUCAUCAGUAAGGUACAGUAGUCCAGGGGAGCUCAGUGUCCUCAUCAGUAAGGUACAGUAGUCCAGAGGAGCUCAGUGUCCUCAUCAGUAAGGUACAGUAGUCCAGGGGAGCUCAGUGUCCUCAUCAGUAAGGUACAGUAGUCCAGGGGACAGUGUCCUCAUCGGUAAGGUACAGUAGUCCAGGGGACAGUCUCCCCAUCAGUAAAGUACAGUAGUCCAGAGGAGCUCAGUGUCCUCAUCAGUAAGGUACAGUAGUCCAGAGGAGCUCAGUGUCCUCAUCAGUAAGGUACAGUAGUCCAGGGGAGCUCAGUGCUCUCAUCAGUAAGGUACAGUAGUCCAGGGGAGCUCAGUGUCCUCAUCAGUAAGGUACAGUAGUCCAGGGGACAGUGUCCUCAUCAGUAAGGUACAGUAGUCCAGGGGACCUCAGUGUCCUCAUCAGUAAGGUACAGUAGUCCAGGGGAGCUCAGUGUCCUCAUCAGUAAGGUACAGUAGUCCAGGGGACAGUGUCCUCAUCAGUAAGGUACAGUAGUCCAGGGGACAGUCUCCCCAUCAGUAAAGUACAGUAGUCCAGAGGAGCUCAGUGUCCUCAUCAGUAAGGUACAGUAGUCCAGGGGACAGUGUCCUCAUCAGUAAGGUACAGUAGUCCAGGGGGCAGUCUCCUCAUCAGUAAGGUACAGUAGUCCAGGGGGCAGUCUCCUCAUCAGUAAAGUACAGUAGUCCAGAGGAGCUCAGUGUCCUCAUCAGUAAGGUACAGUAGUCCAGGGGAGCUCAGUGUCCUCAUCAGUAAGGUACAGUAGUCCAGGGGAGCUCAGUGUCCUCAUCAGUAAGGUACAGUAGUCCAGGGGAGCUCAGUGCUCUCAUCAGUAAGGUACAGUAGUCCAGGGGAGCUCAGUGUCCUCAUCAGUAAAGUACAGUAGUCCAGGGGACAGUGUCCUCAUCAGUAAGGUACAGUAGUCCAGGGGAGCUCAGUGUCCUCAUCAGUAAGGUACAGUAGUCCAGAGGAGCUCAGUGUCCUCAUCAGUAAAGUACAGUAGUCCAGAGGAGCUCAGUGUCCUCAUCAGUAAGGUACAGUAGUCCAGGGGACAGUCUCCUCAUCAGUAAGGUACAGUAGUCCAGGGGGCAGUCUCCUCAUCAGUAAAGUACAGUAGUCCAGAGGAGCUCAGUGUCCUCAUCAGUAAGGUACAGUAGUCCAGAGGAGCUCAGUGUCCUCAUCAGUAAGGUACAGUAGUCCAGAGGAGCUCAGUGUCCUCAUCAGUAAGGUACAGUAGUCCAGAGGAGCUCAGUGUCCUCAUCAGUAAGGUACAGUAGUCCAGGGGAGCUCAGUGUCCUCAUCAGUAAGGUACAGUAGUCCAGGGGACAGUCUCCUCAUCAGUAAGGUACAGUAGUCCAGAGGAGCUCAGUCUCCUCAUCAGUAAAGUACAGUAGUCCAGAGGAGCUCUCCAACCUGUCCUUGUUACUGUCCAUGCCGAUUGUCAUUACCCCCUCUAUCCACUGGGUGGCAGUAUAUACCAACUACUUUACCUUGACAAGGUUAUCUGAUACCUGCUAUGUGGACACCUGCUAGUCGAACAUCUCAUUCCAAAAUCAUGGGCAUUAGUGUCGAGUUUGUCCCCCCUUUGCUGCUAUAACAGCCUCCACUCUUAUGGGAAGGCUUUCCACUAGAUGUUGGAACAUUGCUGUGGGGACUUGCUUCCAUUCAGCCACAACAGCGAUAGUGAGGUCGGGCACUGAUGUUGGGCGAUUAGGCCUGGCUCAGAAUUGUCUAGUAUUUGUAUUUGUAUUUAUUAUGGAUCCCCAUUAACUGCUGCCAAGGCAUCAGCUACUCAUCCUGGGGUCCGGCAAAAUUACAUUACAAUACAUUCAUAACAGAUUUCACAACACACUAAGUGUGUGCCCUAAGGGUCCCAGGCCCUCAGGCCCCAUGUGUACGUGUGUGUAUAGUGCGUAUGUUAUCGUGUGUGUGUGCAUGUGUCUGUGCCUAUGUUUGUGUUGCUUCACAGUCCCCGCUGUUCCAUAAGGUGUAUUUUUAUCAGUUUUUUAAAAUCUGAUUCUACUGCUUGCAUCAGUUAUCUGAUGUGGAAUAGAGUUCCAUGUAGUCAUGGCUCAAUGUAGUACUGUGCACCUCCCAUAGUCUGUUCUGGACUUGGGGACUGUGAAGAGACCUCUGGUGGCAUGUUUUGUGGGGUAUGCAUGGAACUCUGCGCUGUGUGCUAGUCGUUUAAACAGACAGCUCAGUGCUUUCAACAUGUCAAUACCUCUCACAAAUACAAGUAGUGAUGAAGUUAAUCUCUCCUCCACUUUGAGCCAGUAGAGAUUUACAUGCUCUGUGUACAUCCAAGGCCAAGCCGUGCUGCCCUGUUCUGAGCCAAUUGCAAUUUUCUUAAGUCCCUCUUUGUGGCACCUGACCACACGACUGAACAGUAGUCCAGGUGCGACAAAACUAGGGCCUGUAGGACCUGCCUUGUUGAUAGUGCUGUUAAGAAGGCAGAGUAGCGCUUUAUUAUGGACAGACUUCUCCCCAUCUUAGCUACUGUUGUAUCAAUAUGUUUUGACCAUGACAGUUUACAAUCCAGGGUUACUCCAAGCAGUUUAGUCACCUCAACCUGCUCAAUUUCCACAUUAUUUAUUACAAUAUUUAGUUGAGGUUUAGGGUUUAGUGAAUGAUUUGUCCCAAAUACAAUACUUUUAGUUUUUGAAAUAUUUAGGACUAACUUAUUCCUUGCCACCCAUUCUGAAACUAACUGCAGCUCUUUGUUAAGUGUUGCAGUCAUUUCAGUCGCUGUAGUAGCUGACGUGUAUAGUGUUGAGUCAUCCGCAUACAUAGACACACUGGCUUUACUCAAAGCCAGUGGCAUGUCGUUAGUAAAGAUUGAAAAAAGUAAAGGGGCCUAGACAGCUGCCCUGGGGAAUUCCUGAUUCUACCUGGAUUAUGUUGGAGAGGCUUCCAUUAAAGAACACCCUCUGUGUUCUGUUAGACAGGUAACUCUGUAUCCACGAUAUAGCAGGUGGAGUAAAGCCAUAACACAUAUAUUUCUCCAGCAGCAGAUCAUGAUCGAUAAUGUCAAAAGCCGCACUGAAGUCUAACAAAACAGCCCCCAUAAUCUUUUCAUCAUCAAUUUCUCUCAGCCAAUCAUCUGUCAUUUGAGUAAGUGCUGUGCUUGUUGAAUGUCCUUCCCUAUAUGCAUGCUGAAAGUCUGUUGUCAAUUUGUUUACUGUAAAAUAGCAUUGUAUCUGGUCAAACACAAUUUUUCCAAAACUUUACUAAAGGUUGGUAACAGGCUGAUUGGUCGGCUAUUUGAGCCAGUAAAGGAGGCUUUAAUAUUCUUAGGAAGCAGAAUUACUUUACUAUAUUGUGAUCACUAUAUCCGAUGGAUCUGGAUACUGCUUUCAAGCACAUUUCUGCAGCAUUAGUAAAGAUGUGAUCAAUACAUGUUGAUGAUUACGUUCCUGUGCUGUUUGUAACUACCCUGGUAGGUUGACUGAUAACCUGAACCAGGUUGCAGGCACUGGUUACAGUUUGUAGCUUUUUCUUGAGUGGGCAGCUUGAUGAAAGCCAGUCAAUAUUUAAAUCACACAGAAAAUAUACCUCUAUGUUGAUAUCUCAUACAUUAUCAAGCAUUUCACACAUUAUCCAAUACUGACUGUUAGCACUUGGUGGUCUAUAGCAGCUUCCCACCAGAAUGGGCUUUAGGUGAGGCAGAUGAACCUGUAGCCAUAUUACUUCAACAGUAUUGAACAUGAGAUCCUCUCUAAGCUUUACAGGAAUGUGGUUCUGAAUAUAAACAGCAACACAUCCACCACUGGCAUUUCUGUCUUUUCUGUAAAUGUUAUAACCUUGUAUUGUUACCACUGUAUCAUCAAAGGUAUUAUCUAAGUGAGUUUCAGAGAUAGUCAAAAUAUGAAUGUAAUCUGUUACUAGCAAGUUAUUAAUUUAACUAAACUUGUUGCUCUGACCGGGAGACCCAUGGGGCGGCGCACAAUUGGCCCAGCGUCGUCCAGGUUGGGGGAGGGAAUGGCCGGCAGGGAUGUAGCUCAGUUGGUAGAGCAUGGCGUUUGCAAUGCCAGGGUUGUGGGUUCGAUUCCCACGGGGAGCCAGUAUGAAAAAUAAAAAUAAAUAAAAAUACAAAAUAAGUAUGCACUCACUAACUGUAAGUCGCUCUGGAUAAGAGCAUCUGCUAAAUGACUAAAGUGUUUUAAAAAAGUACAUGUAAUGUAAAUGUGUUAAGCUACAUACAGUUCCUUGCAAAAGUAUUCAUCCCCCUUGGCGUUUUUCCUAUUUUGUUGCAUUACAACCUGUAAUUUAAAUUGAUUUUUUAAUUUGAAUUUCAUGUAAUGGACAUACACAAAAUAGUCCAAAUUGGUGAAGUGAAAUGAAAGAAAUAAAUAACAGAAAAGGGGUGCGUGCAUAUAUAUUCACCCCCUUUGCUAUGAAGCCCCUAAAUAAGAUCUGGUGCAUCCAAUUACCUUCAGAAGUCACAUAAUUAGUUAAGUAAAGUCCACCUGUGUGCAAUCUAAGUGUCACAUGAUCUGUCACAUGAUCUCAGUAUAUAUACACAUGUACUGAAAAGCCCCAGAGUCUGCAACACCACUAAGCAAGGGGCAUCAUCAAGCAAGCGACACCAUGAAGACCAAGGAGCUCUCCAAACAGGUCAGGGACAAAGUUGUGGAGAAGUACAGAUCAGGGUUGGGUUAUAAAAAAAUAUCUGAAACUUUGAACAUCCCACGGAGCACCAUUUAAAUCCAUUAUUAAAAAAUGGAAAGAAUAUGCCACCACAACAAACCUGCCAAGAGAGGGCCGCCCACCAAAACUCACGGACCAGGCAAGGAGGGCAUUAAUCAGAGAGGCAACAAAGAGACCAAAGAUAACCCUGAAGGAGCUGCAAAGCUCCACAGCGUAGAUUGGAGUAUCUGUCCAUAGGACCACUUUAAGCCAAACACUCCACAGAGCUGGGAUUUACGGAAGAGUGGCCAGAAAAAAGCCAUUGCUUAAAGAAAAAAAUAAGCAAACACGUUUGGUGUUCGCCAAAAGGCAUGUGGGAGACUCCCUAAACAUAUGGAAGAAGGUACUCUGGUACAUCAAGGAAAAUGCUAUGUCUGGCGCAAACCCAACACCUCUCAUAACCCCGAGAACACCAUCCCCACAGUGAAGCAUGGUGGGGAUGUUUUUCAUCGGCAGGGACUGGGAAACUGUUCAGAAUUGUCUGGGUUGGCGCCCCCCCUUGGUUUGUGCUGUGGUGGAGACCUCUGUGGGCUAUACUCGGCCUUGUCUCAGGAUUGUAAGUUGGUGGUUGAGGAUAUCCCUCUAGUGGUGCGGGGGCUGUGCUUUGGCAGAGUGGGUGGGGUUAUAUCCUUCCUGUUUGGCCCUGUCCGGGGGUUUCUUCGGAUGGGGCCACAGUGUCUCCGGACCGCUCCUGUCUCAGCCUCCAGUAUUUAUGCUGCAGUAGUUUAUGUGUCGGGGGGCUGGGGUUAGUUGGUUAUACCUGGAGUACUUCUCCUGUCUUAUCCAGUGUCCUGUGUGAAUUUAAGUAUGCUCUCUCUAAUUCUUUCGUUCUCUCUUUCUCUCUGAGAACCUGAGCCCUAGGACCAUACGUCAGGACUACCGGGCAUGCUGACACCUUGCUGUCCCCAGUCCGCCUGGCCUUGCUGCUAUUCCAGUUUCAACUGUUCUGCCUGCGGUUACGAAACCCCUACCUGUCCCAGACCUGCUGUUUUCAACUCUUAAUGAUCGGCUAUGAAAAGCCAACUGAGAGACCUGAGCCCUAGGACCAUACGUCGGGACUACCGGCCGUGGUGACUCCUUGCUGUCCCCAGUCCGCCUGGCCUUGCUGCUAUUCCAGUUUCAACUGUUCUGCCUGCGGUUAUGGAACCCCUACCUGUCCCAGACCUGCUGUUUUCAACUCUUAAUGAUCGGCUAUGAAAAGCCAACUGAGAUUUAUUCCUGAUUAUUAUUUGACCAUGCUUGUCACUUAUGAACAUUUUUGAACAUCUUGGCAUGGUUCUGUUAUAAUCUCCACCCGGCACAGCCAGAAGAGGACUGGCCACCCCUCAUAGCCUGGUUCCUCUCUAGGUUUCUUCCUAGGUUUUGGCCUUUCUAGGGAGUUUUUCCUAGCCACCGUGCUUCUACACCUGCAUUACUAGCUGUUUGGGGUUUUAGGCUGGGUUUCUGUACAGCACUUCGAGACAUUAGCUGAUGUACGAAGAGAUGGAUGGCGCUAAAUACAGGGACAUUCUUGAGGGAAACCUGUUUCAGUCUUCCAGAGAUUUGAGACUGCGACGGAGGUUCACCUUCCAGCAGGACAAUGACACUAAGCAUACUGCUAAAGCAACACUCGAGUGGUUUAAGGGGAAACAUGUAAAUGUCUUGGAGUGGCCUAGUCAAAGCCCAGACCUCAAUCCAAUUGAGAAUCUGUGGUAUGACUUAAAGAUUGCUGUACACCAGCGGAACCCAUCCAACUUGAAGGAGCUGGAGUAGUUUUGCCUUGAAGAAUGGGCAAAAAUCCCAGUGGCUAGAUGUGCCAAGCUUAUAGAGACAUACCCAAGAGACUUGCAGCUGUAAUUGCUGCAAAAUGGUUGGUGAAUAGUUAUGCACGCUCAAGUUUUCAGUUUUUUUGUCUUAUUUCUUGUUUGUUUCACAAGAAAAAAUAUUUUGCAUCUUCAAAGUGGUAGGCAUGUAAGGCAACAAAAUAGGAUAAAUGCCAAGGGGGGUGAAUACUUUCGCAAGCCACUGUAUGUUAACGUGGACUAUUUUGAGCACUUUUCUGGGAUGCUUGCUUGUUUUCAUUGCUUUACUGGGAAGCUUAGCAGAAGUAGAUAUUCUCAUGUUAUUUAUGUUAGUGCAGGGUGAGCUGCACACAGUGGACUUCCUCAGUGCUUCAGUGCUAACAGCAUAAAUCUGGUCAAUAGGCACAUGGUUGCUGCAUACAAAAGCUGUAGGAUCAGCAGAGUCAUUCAUGGCAGUUAGACGGACAUAAAUUAGGUUACUUACAUUGUGUCUACCAAUACCUCUGGUAUAAUGUACAUUUGCUAAAGCAUUAUGACAACUCAGCAACACAAUGGUAGGGAUUAACCGAGCUGGGCUUGGGUCAUUGAUAAGUCAUUGUCUCAACGCAGCUUUAUAAUGCUGUGAAAGGAUCCAGGAACCCAAAUGAUUUGGGUGGAUCCCAUCCUCCUUAUAAAACUUGUUUUGUUUCUAAAAAGUAUUGAAAUUGUCAACAAAAGUUACACCCAUUGAGCUGCAAUGGUCACGUAGCCAGUUGUGAAGAGAAAGAAUCCUGCUAAAACGUUCAGUGCCACGAUUCAGAGAGGGCACAGGGCCAGAUAUGAUGGGUCUUUUAUUCAUGUCUAGCAGAUAGUCAAUCAGCUCUUUAAAAUCCAGUGUCAAAUGUUCAGAGCUGCCCUUCAUAUAAUGUCAUUAAAACCUAGAUGGACUACGAUAGAAUCGAUUUCCAUGUCCUGACGUAGUACAUUCGGGAGCAGCUUAGUAAUGCCAUUUACUCGAGCUCCGGGAUAGAACAUUGUUUUUGCACCAUGAAAAGUCACAUUUCUUACCAUGGAGCUGCCCAAAAUUACGGCUGGUGAGAAGGACGAGGAAAUCCGCCCACUCCCACACUUCACAGGAUUCGGAGAACCCUUUAAGGACGUGCGAGAGGCAGGAUAACUUGAGCCCGCAGUUCCCAGCGCCUGGUGCAGGCCUCUGACAGAUGGAGAAGCUCCGCUCGAUACAGAGCAGGGACUGCGGGCUCAAAUUUGUCCUUUGGUCUGGACUCCAAAUUUGAGAUUUUUGGUUCCAACCACCGUGGAUUUGUGAGACUCGGUUUGGGUGAAUGGAUGAUCUCUGCAUGUGUAUUUCCCACCGUAAAGCAUGGAGGAGGAGGUGUUAUGGUGUGGGGGUGCUUUGCUGGUGACACUGUCUGUGAUUUAUUUAGAAUUCAAGGCACACUUAACCAGCAUGGCUACCACAGCAUUCUGCAGUGAUAUGCCAUCCCAUCUGGUUUGGGCUUAGUGGGACUAUCAUUUGUUUUUCAACAGGACAAUGACCCAACACACCUCCAGGCUGUCUAAGGGCUAUUAUACCAAGAAGGAGAGUGAUGGAGUGCUGCAUCAGAUGACCUGGCCUCCACAAUCCCUCGACCUCAACCCAAUUGAGAUGGUUUGGGAUGAGUCGGACGGCAGAGUGAAGGAAAAGCAGACAACAAGUGCUCAGCAUAUGUGGGAACUCCUUCAAGACUGUUGGAAAAGCAUUCCAGGUGAAGCUGGUUGAGAGAAUACCAAGAGUGUGCAAAGCUGUCAUCAAGGCAAAGGCUGGCUAUUUGAAGAAUCUCAAAUACAAAAUAUAUUUUGAUUUGUUUAACACUUUUUUGGUUACUACAUGAUUCAUAUUUGUUAUUUCAUUGUUUUGAUGUCGUCACUAUUAUUCUACUAUGUAGAAAAUAGUACAAAAUAAAGAAAAAUCCUGGAAUGAGUAGGUGUGUCCAAACUUUUGACUGGUACUGUAGAAGAGGCAUUUGAAUUUCACUGAAUUCAAUAUUUUUUAAAACUUUAAUUCGAAUUGCAAUUCUGUAUGUUUACUACCUCAAUUCAAAUUCAAGAAUUGAAUUGGAAUUCAUGAGAAAUUCUCAAUUCAAUUCUGAAUUGAGUACCACCCUGGUGUAUUGUGGGCAGGAUAGGAGAGCUGAGGGAGGUAAUUGAUGAUAUGCUGAGGACACAGUGUGACUACGACCCUGCAUCAGGAGAGACCUUCGACAUUGACAGGUAAAAAAGCUAUGUUCCAUUAAGUUCCAGAGCACUGGAACCUCCUCAGCUACAUUGUUAUCUCAAACAGAGCACAGAAAUGAGUUUUUAAGGUUGGAUUACGACGAUGCUGAAAGGAACAAUAUAUCCGACUCCAUCCUCUCCUCUCCUCCUCUCCUUCCUCUCUCUCUCCUCUCCUUCCAGCUCCCUGCGUCCCUCCUCUCUCCAUGCUCCUCUCUUCUCUCAUGACGAUGUCCAGCAGACAGUGUGUCCUACAAGAGUCCCUUCUCUGAGCAGCUGCUGGUUGAAGAGCUGACUAUCAAGAUUAGCCAGGGCUCCCAUCUGCUGGUGGUGGGGAACACAGGUAGGGGUAGACAGGUAUAUUAUAAUAUACAGGUAGGAGUAGACAGGUAUAUUAUAAUAUACAGGUAGAGGAGACAGGUAUAUUUAUAUACAGUAGGAUACAGAUUUAUUAAGGUAGUAGACAGGUAUAUAUAAUAUACAGGGUAGGGGUAGACAGGUAUAUUAUAAUAUACAGGUAGGGGAGACAGGUAUAUUAUAAUAUACAGGUAGGAGUAGACAGGUAUAUUAUAAUAUACAGGUAGGGGUAGACAGGUAUAUUAUAAUAUACAGGUAGGAGUAGACAGAUAUAUUAUAAUAUACAGGUAGGGUAGACAGGUGAUAUAUAAUAUACAGGUAGGAGUAGACAGUAUAUUAUAAUAUACAGGUAGGAGUAGACAGGUAUAUCAUAAAAUCAGGUAGGUAGACAGGUAUAUUAUAAUAUACAGGUAGGAUGAGAGGUAUAUAUAAUAUACAGGUAGGAGUAACAGUAUUUAUAAUAUACAGGUUAGGAGUAGACAGGUAUAUUAUAAUAUACAGGUAGAGUAGACCGGUAUCUUAUAUACAGGUAGGAGUUGACAGUAUAUCUAAUAUACAGGUAGGGGAGACAGGUUAUGAUAAUAUACAGGUGGGGAGACAGGUAUAUUAUAAUAUACAGGUAGGAGUAGACAGGUAUAUUAUAAUAUACAGGUAGGAGUAGACAGGUAUAUUAUAAUAUACAGGGCGGGCCAUUCUAUUGUAUUGAUCUAUUAUAAUUUCAAAAUGGUGUACCCUGUAUCAGUCCACCGAAUCCAAGCAGUUUUAUCAGUCUACUCUGGUCUACUUGGAGUAGGCCUACACAGUGGGCGUGUGCGCAAUUUACAAUGGCAAGACCAAGAGGAAUGGAUGCACACAUGCUGCGUUCAAAAUCCGAAUGAAAACGACUCCGAUGGUGGGGAAGAAAUGAGUCAUGACAUCUCUGAUGAUUCUUCUUCUGAUUCUGAGCCUCAGAUGCCUAGGCGCGCCACCAUCAAACGAAAUGGUGAGACAAGAGAGAGGAAGGGACGGCACCGUUUGGAUAGAACAAACCGGUGACAAUGCUACAAGGCGAUUAUCAGAACAACAUGUCAUCACUGAGAGUGCAGGCCCUACAAAAAAAAAGAAAUCAGCAACGCACUCACCAGCUUUCGUUGUUUAUGUGACAUGGACACGCUCCAACUGAUGACAUUGCGUGAAGAAGCAGAAUGUAAUCUAUUUUGGACUGCUGUCAUAUCGACAUUUAUAUUAAUUAUGCCAUUAUUGCUUUUGUGCUGAUUUUCACUAUUUAUCAAGCACACUUGGCGCUUAUAAUGACGUUUAGGCUACUGAUGUCUUCAUAAUUUGACAGCACAUGUUGCUGACCGUGCGUCUUUGUGGUUGGGGUAUUUUGACGCUAUAAAAAGAAGCUGGGGGGGUCACUCAAAGCCCAGCAGUUCUAGUUCAUUUCAUUAUCAUAUGCAGCACUUGCACACAUAGGAGGUCCCGUGAAAAAAAAAAAGUGCCCCUAUGGAAAAUGUGUGCCCCUAUGGAAAAUGUGUGCCCCUAUGGAAAAUGUGCGCCCCUAUGGAAAAUGUGUGCCCCUAUGGAAAAUGUGCGCCCCUAUGGAAAAUGUGCGGCCCUAUGGAAAAUGUGCGCCCCUAUGAAAAAUGUGCGGCCCUAUGGAAAAUGUGCGCCCCUAUGGAAAAUGUGCGGCCCUAUGGAAAAUGUGUGCCCCUAUGGAAAAUGUGCGCCCCUAUGGAAAAUGUGCGCCCCUGUGGAAAAUGUGUGCCCCUAUGGAAAAUGUGUGCCCCUAUGGAAAAUGUGUGCCCCUAUGGAAAAUGUGUGCCCCUAUGGAAAAUGUGCGCCCCUAUGGGAAAUGUGUGCCCCUAUGGAAAAUGUGCGCCCCUAUGGAAAAUGUGCGCCCCUAUGAUUUGUUCUGAUGCCGGCCCUCACCCAAGCCAUGGCCAGUACUGGUAACUAACGUUUUUGUGGAUGGAGCUUUGUUAUGGUGGAAUAUAAACUGCACAAGGGAAGUUAAAUCGUCUACUGAUGAAUAUACUGGGUCUUAAAGGAAAACUCCACCCCAAAACUAUAUUCUGGUGUUUGUUUCAUUAGUCCAUUGUUGACAUAGUCCCAAAAUGUUUUGCUUGUCAGCAAUCACGUUUUCAAGAUACAGUAUGUAUCUUUCAAAAAUACAGAAAUCCUCCCCGUAUGAUGCGUUUUGCAUCAUACAGGUUUUUUUAAAGGUUCUCCGAUAUUAUUACACUUCCCUCUAGUUAGCAAGGGGCCGGGUUUAUUGUGGAAUGGAUGUGGAUACAGAGUUACCAAGGGGCGGGGUUUAUUGGGAAUGGAUGUGGAUACAGCGUUACCAAGGGGCGGGUUUAUUGUGGAAUGGAUGUGGAUACAGAGUUACACAAGGGGCGGGUUUAUUGUGGAAGGAUGUGGAUACGAGUUACCAAGGGCGGGGUUAUGUGGAAAUGGAUGUGGAUACAGAGUUACCAAGGGGCGGGGUUUAUUGUGGAAUGGAUGUGGAUACAGCGUUACCAAGGGGCGGGGUUUAUUGUGGAAUGGAUGUGGAUACAGCGUUGCCAAGGGGCGGGGUUUAUUGUGGAAUGGAAGUGGAUACAGCGUUACCAAGGCGGGUUUAUUGUGGAUGGAUGUGGAUACAGCGUUACCAAGGGGCGGGUUUAUUGUGGAAUGGAUGUGAUACGAGUUACCAAAGGCGAGGUUAUUGUGGAUGAUGUGGAAUACAGCGUUACAAGGGCGGGUUUAUUGUGGAAUGGAUGGGAUACAGAGUUACCAAGGGGCGGGUUUUUGUGGAAUGGAUGUGGAUACAGCGUUACCAGGGGCAGGGUUUAUUGUGGAAUGGAUGUGAUACGCGUUACCAAGGCGGGGUUAUUGUGGAUGGAUGUGAUACAGCGUUACCAAGGGGCGGGGUUUUUGUGGAAUGGAUGUGGAUACAGCGUUACCAAGGGCGUGGUUUUAUUGUGGAAUGGAUGUGGAUACAGCGUUACCAAGGGGCGGGUUUAUUGUGUGAAUAGAUGUGGAUACAGCGUUACCAAGGGGCGGGGUUUAUUGUGGAAUGGAUGUGGAUACAGCGUUACCAAGGGGCGGGGUUUAUUGUGGAAUGGAUGUGGAUACAGAGUUACCAAAGGCGGGGUUUAUUGUGGAAUGGAUGUGGAUACAGCGUUACCAAGGGGCGGGGUUUAUUGUGGAAUGGAUGUGGAUACAGAGUUACCAAAGGUGGGGUUUAUAAAACAUGGCCAAAUAGAAUGUUGCAGAUAGAGAUAUAAUUUAUAGAGCUGAUAUGAUGAUUCUCUACUGGUCAUGACAUCGUCCGCUCUACACAAUACAUUUCUAUGUGAAUGUUCCGUAAUGUUUAAAGGGACACUUCACCAAUGUUUAACCUCAUAUUCAUCGUCUCCCCGGCACCAUAUCACUGUCUGCAUAUGUGAAAACUGCUGUUUUCUUUGUUCUGUAGUCAAAAAGAUACAAAUUGGUAAAGUGUCCCUUUAACACCCUGAUGUUACUACUGCUGCUUGCCAUUGACACGGAGAUGCUGGUGAACCCUGAUGACCAGGGUCGUCUAGCAUGCUAA